AUGUUAUUGAGCGCCCAGCUGACCAAGCGCCGGAGGAAGCGAAGAAAGCCGAGGUCCAGUGAGCCCUUUCAGCUGAGUUUGGUACUGGUGAACCCGGCCACCUCCUUCGAUCGCACGGCCUGGCCACUGCUUGGCCGAGCCCUAGCCGCUGUGCCCAAUGAGCCACAGGCUUUGCCGCCCUGGCUGCCCCACAAGGACCUGGACGAUCUCUUCCAGGAGAUCUGCGCAAACGUGUCCAGCUGUCGCCCUACCCGUACUUGGCGGGCUCAGCGCUCACGGGCACCGUUGCCGACAGCACGCAGCUUGGGCGUCUGGCCUCGCGAAUCGGCUUGCAAGUCUUCAACUCCGGCGACACCUUGGACCCCAGCGUUGAGAGCUUCCUGCUGUAUCCGGAGAACCUCGCCCAGCUCCUACCGCCCGAGACGGUGA